AGGUUGGGCCGGGGCUGCACAACGACCAAGCCAAAGCACAGCACAGCGUUGCACAGACAGUCAGACACACAGAGAGAGAGAGAGAGUCGUAUCGAAUCAGAGAGGGGAGGGGAAGGGAAGGAAGAAAGAAAGGGCGAGCGAGCAGGCGAGAGAGAGAGAGAGCCAGGCACUGAGAGUCAGACGCUCAUCUCCAAGUAUCACAAUCGGAACGUUAGCAUUUGUAAUCCUCUCGCAUUAGUGGGAAACCACUAGAGCAAGCUGCAGACAGUGUCGGCGUUAAAAUCCGUAGAAUACUGCGCUUGAACUUGUGCUUUUGCACUUGAGAGUGUGGUCUGUGUGAGUUGUAUCAGAAGUUUCGUUGCGGAAUUGAGAGGUUUGGCAGGCGAGGACUGACGAAAGGGCGUUCAAAUAGUGAGAGAAAGAGACGAGAGAAAGGUUGGUGGUUGAGGUGCUGGAGGAGGAGAGGGGAGGAGGGGGCGUGCGGGUCUUCAGAGGGCGUCGAGAUGCAUCAGUUGGGCGCAUGUUAGCAGCCCUUCAUUCUGGGUGCCUAGUUCUAUCUUCAGUUUUCCACGCUGGGAACAUUCUCAGGGUUCUAGCUUGUAUUUUGGGGAAGUAGCUUUGGGGUUAUUAUCUCGUGCGACGGGAAAGUGAGGAAGCAUUUGGAAAAUCUAACGAGAUUUAAAUAUUAGCGAGAUGGCAAAUUCCAAGCAGCAGGGAAAAGAGAAAGAGAUGACUGCAAGUGUAACAAAUGUAUAUUUGCAAGUGGUGGAGGACGUAAUCAACAAUGUGCGUGCCGAUUUUCAGAGUGAGGGAGUAGAUGACAACGUCCUGAAUGAGCUACAGGCGCUUUGGGAACUGAAGAUGUUGCAGUCAGGGGCGAUUCAGCAGGCCUCAGUGCCUGAAGCGCCUGCAAGCAUACCUCCGAAGCAAGUUUCCCAAACACCGCCCACACCUAUACACGAUUUGAAUGUAGCACCGCUUGAGGGUGGCGAUGAAUAUGAGAAUUCGUCCACCGCCUUCAAUUUUCCUCUGACGCCAGCAGUGACCAGCACUGGCGAGCCAGUUAUGUACCAGUAUAUGCCUCCAGGUCCUAGUGAACCUGUAAAUCCCGUGCGAGACACUGGGUUUCAACUUGACGCUACCUUGGGGAGUGGAAAACCAAGCCCCUUCAUGCAACCUCCAGCCCCCUGGAUGAAUCAAAAGCACCGUGGAGUUGAACUGAAUAUGAAUGAAACUUACGAUGUAAGGGAGGACGACGGCAAUGUCUUCACUCAUCUUUCUAACACAACGCAGAAUCCAUCUCCUGUGACAAAGGAUUUCCUUACGAUGUCCACAGGUAAGAGAAAAUACGACGAGAUACAAUCUUCUGGGUUGUAUUUGCCUCAACGUGAUGGGGCUGGAGAUGUUGAAUUGUCUACUUCAGCAGAUGAGGUUAAUGAUAAUCAGGGUGUUGAAGCAUUCGGAGACAGGACCGCAAGCAGUGUUAGUUUUGGGAGUAAUAACCCACAGCUGCAGCGAAGACUAAUUGCUAUUCAUGCAGAUUCUGUGUUGGAGCGCCUUGUCAAUGCUAGAACUUCUAGUGAGUUGUUGGACAUUGCACAAAUGGAUGGUAUCGAUGAUAACUAUGAUGAUGAUGUUGCGGAGGAAGACUAUAAUGAGCCUGGAGAGGACGACCCUCAAACAGCAAAUGACGCGGCUGCUAAGUCUGCCACAAAAGCAGAUAAUUCAGAUUCAGUAGGUUCCGAGCCUCCAUUGAAUGAAGAUGACGAUGACGAAGAUGACGACGAUGAAGACAAUUCUCAGGGUGAUGAGGAGCCAAAAACGAACAAUUUGGUCCUUGCUCAAUUUGAUAAGGUUACAAGGUCCAAAAACAAGUGGAAGUGCACACUUAAAGAUGGCAUCAUGCACUUGAAUAACCGUGACAUUCUUUUUGUGAAGGCAACGGGAGAAUUUGAAUUCUAAGAAAUGUAAUUGUUAGUGGUUCCCUUCUUGGUCACAUGAUGUCCAUGGCUAGCCGGUGCUACUAUUGGUGGAAAUUUCCUUAUUGCAGCAUCUCAUCUCACUGAGACACCAGCAUGGACACCUGCUUCUACGGCUGCUUUCCAACGAUUGAAGGCAGUGCAGAGCAGGUAACUUCACUUUCACUGCAUAGGUACUCUAGGCAUUAGGUUCUUGGGAUCCUUAACUGUAUAAGCUGGAGACCAAUUCCUCACUGCAUAAGCUAUCUCUUCAGGUUGAAACUUCAAUCAUCACUUUACAAUGUGGUGUGUUCUUUACCCUUCGAAGUGACAACGUUAACGACAAUCUCAUUGGGUACAUAAUAGUAGAGGUGCUGGGAGCAUGCAUACAUCUUUUCAACUUGCAAGAGCUCACCGGUUAGACUAGCGCACAAUUCUACGAACAUGGAAGUGUUGGAGACAAAAUUUUGAUAUGAUGUUCUAGUUUGAUUGAUUCUGAAAAUCCUACUGAAUCUUCGUGCCUUCUCCUCUUCCGUCCAUGACAUCCCUGGAUGCAACCAGGCCGAUUCAGAUUGAGAUCAAAUCGAAGCCACCUGCGUAUGGCCCUAAAUGGCUUCUAAUUGGUUACUGGCCCAGAUGAAUCAAUCAGUUCUUACAAAUUC